AUGUAUUCGACCGGCCAUGCCGCCAUGGCCCCGCCCCAGGCACGCCAGGUCGCCCCCGAAACCUUCCUUCUCGACCACGACGCGCAGCAGAGCCUGCCGCCGGACUCCAUCGUCGCCCUGCAGCAAGUAGACAACCUUAAAUAUUUCCUUAUCUCCGCUCCCGUCGACUGGAGCCCGGAUCAGUACAUCCGCAGGUUCCUGCUGCCCACCGGCGAAUACGUUUCCUGCGUGUUAUGGAACAACCUCUUCCACAUCUCGGGUACCGACAUUGUGCGAUGCCUUUCCUUCCGCUUCCAGGCCUUUGGCCGCCCCGUCAAGAACUCGAAGAAGUUUGAGGAGGGCAUUUUCUCGGAUCUGCGCAACCUGAAGGCCGGCACCGACGCCUCGCUCGAGGAGCCCAAGAGCGCCUUCCUCGACUUCCUCUACAAGAACAACUGCAUUCGCACGCAGAAGAAGCAAAAGGUCUUUUACUGGUACAGCGUGCCCCACGACCGCCUGUUCCUCGACGCCCUGGAGCGCGAUCUCAAGAGGGAAAAGAUGGGCCAGGAAGCCACCACUGUCGCUGUCAACGAGCCUGCCCUGUCUUUCGAGUUUGACUCGUCGCAAUCGCUGUUCGAGCAGCUCACCAAGGCCCAGCAAACCAACUCUUCCUCGUUCAACAACCAGAUCCCCGCCUACUCGCAAGCAACUUCCCCCGUCAUGCGCGCCAUGGAUUCGAUGCCCCCUCCGUCGAUGAUGCACCAGGCAAUGCCGGCCACGAUACCCGAGGACGCCAUCCCGAUGGCCAGCUACCCCAUGACUAUGGCGCCGCCGCUUGCUCCCAUGAUCGCAAAGUCCCGCGAACGCGACUACACGCCGAUUCCCUACGAUCGCAAUGGCAUCCCUCUGUCGCAGGUCCACCAGCGCCACAGCUCGAUGCCCGCCUAUAUGGAGUACUCCCCUGCGCCGUCGUUCGUCUCUUCGCAUUACGAGGACUACAGCACGCGCGGCAUGUCGUUUGAGCCCAUCACGCCCCCUCAGCACUCGAUUGGCCUCGGCGCCGAGCCCGCGUACAUUGCCAACGAAGACACUGGCCUCUACACCGCUAUUCCCGAUGUUGGUCUUUCCGCGAGUUUCAACCCUCUGAUGCAGCUGCCCCCCUCCAACCUGGCCGGCCCGCAAUUCGCCGCGGGUCCUCGCUCGUUCACUGGCAACAUGUACUCUGUGAUUGAGGGCUCGCCCACUUACAAGCAGAGGAGGAGACGGUCUUCGAUGUCCAUCAGCGGCAGCCCCGCCGUUCCCGCGGCCAUGGCCAACCCGCAUGCUGCUCACAGGCCGAGCGAUCUCCGUCGGUCCGUUUCCGCCUCCGUAGCGCCGCUUCCUGAGGCCGACGAGAGUGGUCACGAUUCCCCUCAAAGCCUCCACAACGGAUACACCACGAUGCCCGCCAAGGCUGAGGUGCAGGACAUGUCGAGACACGGCACGCCGAUCGCGACCGUUGAGGAGAGCCCCGUUCAACAACCCUUGCCGAUGCUGCCUCAAGACGACCUGUCGUUGACGAAUGACUUCUCGGAACCUUCUCUCCACCAAAGUGCCGUCACCCGGCAAGCGCCCGGUGUCUUCCGUCGGGCUCGGAGUGCCACCAUGAUGGAGUUGGGCCCGUACCCGCAGAAAUCCCACUCUUGCCCGAUCCCCACUUGCGGGCGCUUGUUCAAGAGGUUAGAGCACCUCAAGAGGCACGUGCGCACUCACACGCAGGAGAGGCCCUACGUUUGCCCGCUCUGCAACAAGGCGUUCUCGCGAUCCGACAACCUCGCUCAGCACCGCCGUACGCACGAGCCCCGCCAGGAGGGCGACCCGCUUCCCAGCUUCAGCGAGGAAGAGCUGGAAAACGACGAGGACGGCCUUGGCGCGCUCGAGGAGGAGUCUCCCGAGUCGCUCUCCGCUGCCAACGACUACAUGCCCUCCGGUCUCUCCAUGUCGACUUCUCUGGCUGAUCUUCCCACGCCAACCUCGAUGGGCAGCAUGCAGACUAGCAUGGCCCAGUCGCAGCAAAUGCUUGCUGCAAGCAGUUUCUAA